UGCACUUGCAAAUUGAAUAGCUUCAGGUUGAAAAAAACACAAGGUAGACCAAUAUAAUGCCUGAAAAACCAAGGUCGUAUUGGUCUACCUUGGUGCACGAGUGAGUGCACCUCUCGUGUCUUGCCCUUGCCAGGAGACACAUUUAGACGAGGAUGCAGCACGAUGGUUGCACGUCUAACAUUUGCAUUCAUUAAUUGUGCAAAGGCACAAUAGUCAAUAUAAUUUAGUCCCAUCACAAGGACCACGUGCUUUUGCUCGUAUAGUUUCUUGUGGAUCUCAAUUGUUCUUUAUUAAGCCAAGGGUGCAAAAUAGAGGAUUAUUAUUCGCUUAUUGUAUAAGGUUAUCUUGUGGAUAUUAGUUAUUGUGUCUACUUUUUUUACAUAGGAGAAGCAUCAUUGGAUAUUUGUAUUAUAUUGGAAUUUAAUGUCGUUGCAUAUUACUCUGGAUGAACAUCUUUAAAAGGGAGUAAGUAGGACGAUUUGUGUUGUUUAUGCUCCUUUUGUAAACAUCUUUGUUUUAUCCCUGGAGCUUUUCUCAUGUACAGUUGGCUGUCUAAAACCCUUUAAUGCAGUAGAUUUCUUUUGGUUUUAAUAUUUACCGUUGUAAAAUACCGAUACUAUUAUCACCCUUCUCAUUGGUUAAUACUUUAAAUGCAGUUAUUCACCACCAUGGAAUUCGGCGACUCUUCUCAGCAGAUGCAAUGUUGUUAUGCUUGCCAUGGUACUGGUUACCAAUCCAGUUCAUCCAGUGACGUCUUUUCGGUUGACAGUGGCUUGAGUUGUGAAACUCGUUGCGUGUCCUUUUCUCAUGAGGAUUUAAACGGCAGCCUCAAGGGCAUGGUUGGCUCUGUAUACAAGGAUGGUUCCAGGUUCAACGUAUCUAGCAAGGUGUGUGAAUCUCCCAAAUUAAACAAAUGCAGUACUACAUUAUCUGAAUUGGAUUUUCAAACGAAUCCAUUUUCUCAAAGCUUUUCAAUGAAUGGUGUUAGCAAUGGCACUAUUGUUCAUGAGAAGCAGCCAGCUCAUUUCCGUCACUUCAAGCAUUCUUCCAUGGGUGGCUUGUCUCAGCAGAGAUGCUCUGGUUUGUACAGUUCGGUUUUCCAGCGAUUUGCAGUUCCUCGUGCUUAUGACUUGGAUCAUGGAUUUUACAGUUAUGAGUUCGUGAGCAAUGUUAACACUGCAGUUGAUGAUGACCAUUUCGAUCUGAAUGAGGUUGAAUUUGACUUUACCACUUUGACUGAUUUGAGUGUUGAGAGUGACACUGAAUCUGAUCCCACUUCGGUUUCUAUUGUUGAUAUGAUUUGUGGCAUCCCUGAUACUCCCGAUGACCACAAUGAGGAACUUGCUCGCUCAUUAGUCAUUCAGGUUCCAAUGGACUUGGCUCCUGAGCCUAUUGCGGCACCUGUUUACAGGCAGGUUCGUAGCAGGCCUGCUGCUAAGAAGCGCACUUCUGGUAAGAGGGCAAAGAGAACUCGCGCCAAUGCUACAAGACCUGUGCCACCUCGCCGUGUUCCCGUAACAACUCAGGAAGUCUUGCCAGUGAACCUUACUGUUUACGAUGAAGACCUCGAUUCUAUUGAGUGGCAUCCUGGAUUUAACCGUCAAUUGGGUGCUAAGGGUAGGAGUGCUUUAUUGGAUUUAAUUAGGCGUGUAUAUCGUCAGGACCCUGUUCGCUACAGGUCAAUCCUUCAGUCUAGGAACCCUCCAACAUCUAUUAGUACAUUACCUUUUUUCAAUAUCCCCAUGCUUUGGGAAUUAACACACCAAUUUGGUGUUUUUAAGCAGGCUCUUUUGAUCCACAAGAAUCAGGUUACUUCUGGAGUUAGGGAAAAGUGCAGAACCAGGUCUAGGAGCGAGCAGCAGGAUGACACUGCUGUUACUUCUGAGGUUAACAGCUCUGCAUCAAGUCGCUCUGUGAAGCCUGUUGCUGAAAAAACUGUUGUUGUACCUCAAGACAAGGCACCGGAGGUUGAUAAUCAGGCCACCAGUGUUGUGGUACCCGACGUUGAAAUGAAGGUUCAGGCACCUGUAGAACGGACUGAGGAGGCUGUAAGUUCAAGAAGGGACCAACAUGUCCAUGUUGAAGGCGCUGCUAAGGAAUCUUCUAAACGUCAAAUCACAUCAUCUGGCAGAUCUAUCAAGCCUGCUAGACGUUUCAAUGACUACCUUGUUGAGGUUGGUCGUAACCCUAAGCGUUUUGCAGGUGGUGUGAACAUGCCUAUUGUUAACGAGGGACGUCCAGUGGAGUGCCCCGUAGAUGAUGUAUCAUCUUUUGUUCCAAGUUCAGCCAGGUUGACCGAGGAUGAGUUGAUGGUUGAUGCUCUUGAGGAGUCGGAUUCUCUUGUAUGGUCUGUUGAGCAUCACACUCCUCGUACACCUCGCGAAAAGGACACUGAUGCUUUGCCUGAGCACGGGAAUUCGAAUUCCUCAUCUCGCGACACUCCCAAGCGUUAUAUAUCUGUGUAACAUAUUUGUAAUUUAUAUUA